CAUUCUCAUUUCAAAAGUUCAAGAAGUCGCAGGUUCUGCACACUCCUCAUUCCUUUCAUAUCCUAUUGCCACCACGAGGGAGGUUGCCCGCUAUGGAUCGACGUCAAGCGUCGCCCAUCCUCUCCCCGCGUCAUGAUGCUUCCAGUCGCGUUGGCAAGCCCCAGUCGGCAGCAGAAAAGCUGGCAUCUCUGAAAGCAAGAGUAGCUGCAGCAGUGAGCAGCAGCAAACCUAAGAGUGGUUUGAAUGCUGGACUACAACCAGUAUCGGCGAGGGGAGGGCUUAAUGUGGAUCUACAUCCUGCGCUGCAAGACCUUGGACAAUACAAGCCGUCGAAGACCGUUGCCCCAAAGUUUGCGACCAGUAUUGGAAAUGCUCGUCCUCAGCCAGAAAAGCCAGCCCCGAAGAAACAACUCGAUCUAUCCGGUCCUUCGGCAGAGGAAACGCGUAACAACCCAUAUUUUGACAUCAGUCUGGGGGGUCAGACAGCGACGCUGAAAAAUAGGCAUUCGAGACAGUUGGUUUUCAAUCAGAAGGGCAAAUACAUUCAGCAGGCAAAUGCUCUUCGCAGACAGGCUGCCCUCGAGGCUAUGAAAAAGCGCAUUGCAGAGUCAUCACGAAAAAUAGGCAUCGAUGAGGAUCUGGAUACAGAGAAAAACUACCUGGUCGAAGCGCCGCCCGACAUCGAGUGGUGGGACGAAGGUCUGGUAGAUGGCAAGAACUACGACAAUAUCUCCGACCCGAAGAAACUGAAAAUCGACACCCCAGACUCUAUCAUUACCGAAUAUAUCCAACAUCCCGUGCUCCUUGAACCCCCUCAAGAAAAGAAUAUGCCCCCGCCAAAACCCAUGUUUCUAACUUCCAAAGAACAAGCGAAACUUCGGCGUCAACGCCGAAUGGCUGAGUUGAAAGAACAGCAAGCCAAGAUCCGUCUGGGCCUUGAGCCCGCACCUCCUCCGAAAGUCAAGAAAGGAAACCUUAUGAGAGUUCUUGGUGAAGAGGCGGUAAAGGACCCCACAGCAGUCGAAGCACGGGUUAACCGAGAAAUCGCUGCACGCCACCAAGCGCACAUUGAGAUGAAUGAAGAACGCAAGCUGACCAAGGAACAACGCCAUGAAAAACUUGCGCUGAACCAGGAGAAGGAUGCCGCAAAGGGCAUUCGCAUGAUGGUCUUUAAGAUCGAUAAUCUCUCCAACGGUGCUCAUCGAUUCAAAAUAGCGAAAAAUGCAGAGCAAAUGGCUCUUACUGGCAUUUGCAUUAUACAUCCAAGAUUCAACUUGGUUAUUGUGGAGGGUGGAGAGCACAGUAUUCGACAAUAUCGCAAGCUUAUGCUUCAGCGUAUCGACUGGACAGAGAACUCCCCGACGCGAAUCAAAGAAGGUACAAAAGCGGAGGCCUUGCAGGAUUGGCUGAAGGCAGAAGAUGAGAAAGGAGAGCUCAAGGAUCUGACCUUGAACAAGUGUGUACUGGUCUUUGAGGGCGAAGAGAAAGCUAGGGCAUUUAGGAAAUGGGGAAGUAAGGUCUGUGAAACUGAUAGCGCAGCUCGAGAUGCUUUGCAGAGAGCGAAGAUGGAGAACUUCUGGGCUUUGGCAAAGAGCAUGAAGUAAGUAAUUGGUAUUCCUGGGGCAUGUAAUCCUAAUCGAAAUGCCUCCCUGUUUAUAUUAUCCCAAUCAAGCACCACAUACUGCGGUCAUUUUAUAGUGGAUAUCUAAUGGGCGAUUCGAUUGAGC